UGACUAUUUCCAUUUCCUACAGGUAAGGGCAUUUUACUGUGUUGGUGAGUGUCUAUCAUGGUUCCAACAGGAAGGCAGACUUUCCAUGGAUUCAUCCUGAUUAUCAUUCGUUUGCUGUAUCUAUCAACGCUCCAGAUUGUUAACUCGCUCCACGUCGGCGUAAACAUGACUAGAUGUCCGAAGAUCAAGUCUGGAAAAGUACCAUUCUCUGUCGUCAAAUCGAACGGAUUCCGGUCCACGUCGCUUCAAUCUCCUCUCGUUAACUAUCGCUACACAUAUAAGAAACUCGAUGAACGCCAUCUUGUAUUACGUCAUGUGCUUGUGAAGUACCCCUAUCAGACUUUAUCCGUCCAUGAACCAUGGUAUCCAGGCGGUUGCCACGCUAACCGCACGUUUGUAGCCAAGACAACGGAACAGAAAUCGUGCAUGGUUGCAGUGAAUGCGGGGUUUUUCCACGAAUUUGGAGCAGGAGCUGGGUGUUAUGGGAAUAUUGUAAGUGACGGAAGACUUGUGCAAGACUCAGAUGGGAUACAAAAUGUCUACUUCGGAAUCAAAGAAAAUGGCGAUAUUUUUACCGGUUACCUCACAGCAGAUGAUAUGGCGAAAGAGAAGUUUAUUCAGCUGGUGGGCGGGGUCAUCUGGUUGAUACGGAAUGGCGAGGUUUACAUAAACGAAAGUAUGGAGUACGAAUGUUCAGCGCCAAUCAAAGCACCGAUACAAAACUUUACGAGCUCACUAUCGGCCAGAUCUGCUGUUGCGGUCCACAAAGAUGGCAGGGUUAUACUCGUGCAGGUUGAUGGGAACACUAAUGAACGAGGGAUAAACCUGUACGAGUUUGCUGACAUUCUGUUGAAGUUUGGUGUUGUACAAGCCGUGAACUUAGACGGCGGUGGAUCAUCUACAUUGUUAAUUAACGGCACAAUGAUCAACAACCCACCCGACAUAUGUGUAGACGAUCCCCGGUUUCGAUGUCCAAGGACUGUAUCCACAGUUCUCUGUGUACACGAACCGACCUGUGAGCCUGAGGACUGUUCAGGACACGGGCAGUGUGUUAUGGGAAGGUGUAUAUGUUAUUAUCCGUGGACUGGACAAGGCUGUACAAAGCUUAGAUGCUAUAAAGACUGCUCAUUUAACGGAAGAUGCACUCCACGUGGAUGUGUGUGCAAUGCUGGUUUUCAUAGAUUAGACUGCAAUGAACGCUGUUCAGAAGGGCGUUAUGGGAAAGGAUGUACUGGAGUAUGUGUAUGCCUAAACGGCGCCACGUGCAACACUGAGGACGGAUCAUGUGACUGUGCCCCAGGAUACAAAGGACUCGCCUGCGGGGAAGUUUGUGAUUAUGGGUAUUAUGGAGAAGGGUGUAACCGAGUAUGUCAGUGUAAAGGUGGCUGUUCCUGUCACCACGUCACAGGGAGCUGUAUUGGAACUCAGAGGAUCAAAGAAUUAUUACGAGUGUACCACUGUGUUGCGGAUGGAAUUCUAGAAGAAGAGACACAAUUGAAGUCCGAUCAGCUAAUGAAAUAUAACUUGAUGACAGUAGCACUCGUGGUAAUAGGAAUGGAAGCGUCUAUCAGCAUGAUACUGAGCUUACUCCUGCUAUACAAAGUAUUCGUGUCAAAUCAGACGUCCAUUGAACGAUAUAAGCAGCCGUGAUGAAAAUAUCCAAUGCUGAAUUUACACUUGUAUAUAUGUGAGAGUACGCAAGCAAACGAGAGCGAGUACGAUGAAUUAAAGUAUGGCCAUGGUUAAGGUGAAAGUGUGUUGAUGAAUCUUUAAUUGAUAUAUUGAACAUUUAUAAGUAGAACAAAGCUUGUUCAUUCUAAAGCAAUAUGAUAUUGAUAUUCAAUACAUUUGAAUGUUCAAUAACCGAUUCAUCACUUAUAAAAUGUACAACAGUAUAUGUUUUUGAUUCUGUAGACGUACAUAUCAAGCUAUAGUAUUCUUGCUAUUUUCACAUUGAAAACAGUUGUUUAAUUCUGAUUGUCUUAAUAAAACGUUUUAUUGCACUGUGUUAUAUUGGUGCGUCAGUACUGAAAUCUGUGUAAAUAUAUAAUGAACUUUAUUAGUAUUUCAUAAGCUGAUACUAGUUAAUUCAAUGUAAAACAUUGCAUCCCAAUUGUCUUUUCAAAGAAUAAACAAAUGAAGCAUUGUUGUCA